AUGAGAAGUGGCACAUUGGCAGAGGAUUUGGAAGCGCGUGGCGAUGCGAUCAAUAAGCAAGGGCACCCCAACUCCACGAGAGUCACUGAGGAGCCGUUUUCCGCGGCGACCGUUGCUGUUGUUGCCACCUCCACGGAAGUGCCGCUCCUUUCUCUCACUGCCACCGAGUCACCCGCUCGCUCUUCGGUUUCCCCAACGACGACGACUACAAUUUCUGCUCCGCUUGCCCCACCUCCCACAACGGAGUACAAGAACAUCCUGGACUCACAGGAUCGGCGAACGGCGCGGCCAGCGCCCGUUUUCGAAGACACCGCGAGGCAGUACGAGGAGGGCGAGCACGUCCCAGAGGAGCCGCACCUCCUGCCUGGGCUGCAGAUCCGGCGGCGCACCUUCACCCCGGCGGAGCUGCUGGAGCGCUUCGGCGACACGGACAUCAUCUACAGCUUCGUGAACGGCAGCGAGGCGAACCACUACUACCGCAAAGCCAUGUCGAUGUGGUGCUUGCCACAACUACGGGACCUGGAGAACGCGACGUACUCGGAGGGCGGUCGCCUCCCUCCUGCGUUGCAGAGCAUAGUGGCGAGCAACACGCCGGCGUGUCUGCCUCCCUACCUGCAAAAUGCGUACGACAACCUUCACUCGACGCGCGACUUCGUCGCCACGGUGGCGAGUAACGCACGGCCUGGGACUGACGAUCGCGAGACGGACGAGCUGCGGCACAGCCUGCGGAGCGUGGAGCAGCACGUGCGGUGGCACCGCGGCCGCGUGGUGAUGGUGUCGCCCGGGCACCACCCGACGUGGGUGGACGGCGCGAAGAACUUCCUUGCUGGGGUGUGCGGCGGUGCGCGCGUGCAGGCGCUGCGGUCGAGCGGGACGCACCUGCGCGUGACGACUGUGCACCAGGACGCCGUGAUGCCGUACGGGAUGCGACUGACGGUGGACUCGCACGUGAUCGAGCAGCACCUGUGGCGCGUGCGCAACGUGACAUCCGUGCACGUGUACAUGAACGACGACUACUUUGUGAACCGCGACGUCGCGAUCACGGACCUGCUCAACGAGUACGGCGGCACGAUUGUGCGGACGGAGAGGGGCAUCAUUGCGGCCGGCGCUGUCGCAGAUGGAGGCGCUUCCUGGGCAAAGGGCGUGCUGCACACGCAGCAGUUCAACACGCAAGAGCUGGACGUGCUGCACGAGGACUACCUGCCGGAGGCCCUCGUCACCAUGUGGGACAGUCUGAAGCGCGUAAACAGGAGCGCUAGCGCCGCUGCCGUGACUUCUAUUUCCGUACCACCCCUUGACGAGGCGGUCGAUGUCGCGCAUCAAUACGAACCAGACCCGCUGCCCAGCAAGUCGCUCAUGCCACGCCGCCCGCGCCGAUACGCCACCCACGCGCCGUUCGUGUACUGCACGAACAUGUUCCGCUUCUUCGAGACCCGCUACGAGCGCGAGUUUGCCGCCGCAGCGCUUCGCCACCGCAGUCGCAAGGCGCGCGACCUGUUCAUCCCGUUCGUGUACAACGCCUUCAUCAUGGCGCGGCCGUGGCAGGCGUCGCCGAAGUUCCUGCCGUACCUGCUGGAGCUGCACCGGAGCCGACGACUGGGGCGGACGGACGCGAUGUCGCCGACGCAGAUCGUGCUGGACAACGAGGACGGCUGCGGCCCCGCAUCGCUGCUCAGCGGCGCAGCUGAGUCUGAUUGCGUGUUUGCCAAGUUCCUGAACAACUUGACGCUGAACGAGGCGGUGGUGGAGCGCGUGCGGCAGGUGAACCCGCUGUACUUCAACAUCAACGCCGGGUUCAGCAGCGCGGAGGCUGCGGACCAGCUGCGCCGCUUCCUGCACGGCAAGUUUCCGACACCGGUGUACCUGGAGGUGGGCGGCAGGACGAGUUCUGCCGGGGCCGCCGCAGCUGCUGAGGAGGGAGCGCUGUCGAGGCUGUUUGGCGACCUGAUGGCGCUGCCGGUGGUGGGCGUUGUGUCGUACGAGGAGGGCGUGUGCCCGCUUGUGCGGAGCCUUGCGCUUGCGUUCGCGGGGCACCACCGUGGCGGCGUGCGUGUGAGCGUGGAGCAGCACGGCGGCGCGGCGCUGCGUGAGGCGCGCGCUGCGCUUGGGCACCGCGUUGUGAGCGCGAUGCCUGCGCCUGCGUGCGCGUACAAGGAGCAGGUGAGCGUGGACCCCGCGGCACGGGGUGAGAGCGUUGCCGAGAUUGCCCGCCGCGCCAUGGGCGAAAUGCGGGGCGGCGUGGAGCUGCCGUGGACGUGCGGCGGGGGCGGCGCUGGGCUGCGCGUGCGCGGGUUCGUGGUGGACGCGCGGACGCGUGGGGCGCCUGUGCGGAGCGCUGCUGCGCUGCGGGACGCGCUUGCGGUGCCUGCGCAGACGCUGUCGCUGGAGGACUUCCGCGCCGUUGCUGUUGGGCCGUCGGAGGGCGACGUGGUGCUGGUUGUGUCGCGCGAGGACGCGGAGGCGCAGGCGGUGCACUGGGUGAAUGGGGCGUCGGAGAGUGACCUGCUCCUGACGUACCCGCUGCCGGUGGAGGCGUACGAGGACAUGGACGCGGAGGUGCGGUGGUCGGUGCCGUAG